AUGAGCAAACCUAGACACUCUGGGCCUCCAAGUUCCUCUGGGAAGCCUGGUUCGGUGUCUCCUGGAAAAACAACGACCAAGGACUCCAAAUCUAGCCGCCAUCAUAACAACAAGAACUGGACUCGUCGAACAAAAUCGGAUAGAGAUGGUCCAUACGGAGAUGCAUCUAUUGCUAACACCAAGCCAGAAUGGCAAGGAACCGGUGGUAAGCCUGAUUCUCAUGUCCCGAAAUCUGCUCCACCACCGAUUUCUAUGCUGCCCAAAAUUCCCCCGUUGAUGGGAAAACAACCUAUGGGUGUUCCGGGAACGCCAAUUAUCCCAUAUUUUCCGAUGUUUAAUCCCAUGAUGAAUCAAAAUUUUAUCAUGCCUCCAAAAAAUGACGAAAACACUGAAGGUAAGAAUGACCCCAAUGUGGCUAAAAACCCUAAAAUGAAGUUUCCUAUGGUCAACCCAAUGCCUAUGCAAGGAGUUCCACCUCCAGGAAUGCUGGUAAACCCAUUUUUAUCGAUGCCUAUGAUGCAUCCAAAGGUUGGACCGUUUGUUGGUAAUAGGGAUUUUGUACCAAAACAACCAAACAUGUUUUUGGUAAAAGAAGCUCCGCCUGCAGUCCCUGGUAACGAUACUUCAGGUGGAAAGUUUGAAGAUGGAGCAAGGAAGGAUUCUACGGAUCCUAAAGUGUUUGAUCCAAGAAUGCAAAUGGACCCUAGGUUUUUUUCGAAUCCUAAGAUACCUAUGGAUCCGGGCAGAUUUCCUAUGGACCCUAGGUUUUUUUCGAAUCCUAAGAUACCUAUGGAUCCGGGCAGAUUUCCUAUGGACCCAAGAUUUUUUGUAAACCCUAAGAUGCCCAUGGACCCUAGGAUGUAUAUGGAUCCGAGAUUUUUUAUGAACCCCAAAAUGCCUAUGGAUCCAAAGGUUAUACCAAAGGCACCAAUGAUGCCUAUGCACAAUACAAACGUCUUAAAUUUGUCUCAGGUUAAUCUACAAUCUAGAGAUGGUACAGAGAAAAAGAAUCUGGAAACAAUGAGUGUAAUUUCAGACGAUUGUACUGAUGAGCCACACUCUAAACCUCAAGAUGUAAAAAUUGGCUAUUCUGACCAUGUAUCUGCAGAACAAGAUAGGCUAGAUCAUUACAAAUAUCCCGGUGGAAGUAUGUAUAAGGAUAGAGGUAGAGAUUUUGAUCCCUCAAAUGUCAUUGAUAUUAAGUAUAUGACGUCAUUCAUGCCAAAACCUCCAGAGAGGUAUAUGCAGAAUCAUUCUUUGCACGGGAUAAAAAUGUUCCUUCCUUUAGGAUUGAAGGCAUAUGCAAGAUCCAUGGGAAUAAAUCCUGAAAUGUUGUCUGGCUUUGAUAAUGGCCCUGUUAGAAAUGGAAAGUUGGUUUUACUUUUGGAUCUAGAUAAUACAUUGCUUCAUACGGCAUCUCAGUCAAGGCUUGACAUGCUAGACAUUGACAUAUCGCAUUUUGUGGAUGAACUAGGCGAUCCUGAACUGUACAAGUUUUCUCUACCGAAUUUUCCAAACAUAACAUACUACAUGAAGUUACGACCUUGUAUUCGCGAAUUCUUACAAGUGCUUUCUCUCUACUAUGAGAUGUCAAUUUACACAAACGCGACAAAGGAAUAUGCGGAUGUUGUGAUAUCCAUCUUGGACCCUGAUAGGACCCUUUUUAUGGAUCGUAUUGUUGCAAGGAAUAGUGUGGACGAAAAGGAUUUGCUUAAAAGUGCAGCUCGUUUAUAUCCAGAUCUUAAUAGACGUUUUGUUCUUGCUUUUGAUGAUAGAAAAGACGUCUGGGCUGAUAUUCCACAUAGACAAGUUGUGAGAGCUGAACACUAUGAUUUCUUUGAAUCUUAUUCUAUGGAACUUGCCAACAACUAUGGUUUUGUUGCUCAGGAUGCAUUUUCUCCGGAUGUACCUGGACCCCAAAUGGAAAACACUUCAAAAUCUUCUAAUAAUCUUUACAUUUCCCAAAAUUUCGAUGGGAAUGCAGAGAACACGGAGGGAAUUACAGACGAUAAAGACGUGGUUAGGGAUUAUGAUCGUCACUUGAGGCACAUGAUAACUCUAUUUUUGGAGAUACAUAAAAGAUUUUUUAAUGACCCAUUCAAUGCAAAUGUUGGUACAAUAUUAGAAAAUUUACAAAGUGAAACCCUCAAGGAUACCAGAGUUCUACUAACUGGGUAUAGAAAAAAUGCAAAAGGUAUCUCAAACGUGCUUCACUCGGAUUGUGAACAGAGGCAAAGAGAGGUCGUUUCAGAACUUGGUUCAAUUGUCUUGAAUAAAAUUACGGAUCCCGGCCUAACACAUAUUGUAGCGGGGAAAAAUUGCACUGAUAAUAUCGCAAAAAGCAGAAAUUCUACAUAUUCUCACAUUCACAAGGUACAUACACUGUGGUUGUACGCUUGCAAAGCUACUUUUUCUAGGGUGGACGAAAAAGUAUUUGAUAUGGACAAAAUUUGUAAUCUCUAUAACAACGAGCCACCGUCAACCCCCUCAAAGGAUCAUUGGAGGCUCUUGUAUUUGAGUAAGAAUGCAGAAAAAGAUGGAACGGAUACAGGAUACAAAUCCGGAUACACUCACUCAGCAUCUGGAAACUCCGAACCUCCGCUACGUAUAUUCAUGGGAACAGGAGCGUAUAGUCAUGGAACUGAGGUUCUAUCACCCAAUGAAAAAAUCAUCAUUAGAUGGGAUCCAAGCAAGACAAAACUCUUGCAAAAUACACUUCAAGAACCAAUAACUGGGUCAAAGGUGAUAAGCGAUGUAAUCAUAGAAAACGCCCCGUAUACCAAUAGUUUAAACCCUAACAAGUACACUUACUAG